AUGGGAACAGUAAUCUGUCAAGCAACCAAUUGUUACAUAAUGCUGGAUUUGUCAAUUAUUGCAGUAGUGGGGAAGACCUGCCAUCUUGUAGAGAGUGAAGAAGAUGACCUUCAUGAGAUAGGCAAGAUUAAUUACCAAAGAGAGGAGGACAACAACAUAAGCCCAAAACAUGCAAAAGGAAUGUGAAAGUGGCUCACAUAGACACUUCCGUAAUUCACACAAAUAUAAGAAUGGGGAAGGAGAAUAUUUUAACUGGGAUAACUACUUGAAAGAGACUGGAUCUGUAGCUGCUCCUUCACAAUGUUUCAGACAGUCUAGGAUUCCCCCUAGCAAUGAUUUUGAAGUGGGCAUGAAAUUGGAAGCUCAUGACCCCCGGAAUGUUACUUCUGUGUGUAUAGCUACAGUUAUUGGAAUCACAGGUACUAGAUUAAGGCUGCGGCUUGAUGGAAGUGACAACAAAAAUGACUUCUGGAGGCUAGUGGAUUCAUCUGACAUACAGCAAAUUGGAACGUGUGAAAAGAAAGGAGGAAUGCUUCAGCCUCCUCUGGGAUUCCAGAUGAAUGCAUCUUCUUGGCCAAUGUUCCUCCUAAGAACACUAAAUGGAGCUGAAAUGGCACCUGCAACAUUCUUUAAGAAGGAACCUCCAAAGCCUUCUCAAAACUGUUUUAAGGUUGGAAUGAAGCUAGAAGCAAUAGACAGAAAAAAUCCUUAUUUAAUAUGUCCUGCAACCAUUGGGGAUGUCAGAGGAGACGAAGUUUUUAUAACCUUUGAUGGCUGGCGUGGGGCAUUUGACUAUUGGUGUAAAUAUGAUUCUCGAGAUAUCUUUCCAGUUGGAUGGUGUGAUUUAACAGGAGAUGCACUGCAGCCACCAGGAAGUAGUGUUUCUAGCGCAAAGAAUAAUACCAAAGCACAGACGUCUCCUUCCAAAGGAACACGGUGCUCGGUGCAGCCUCCACUGAAAUCGGUUUCACCUGUUCCAACACCCAAAGGCAAGAAACUCACUCGGGGAAAACCACUGGCUCUAUCCACUGUCCUUAGGAAAGUCCAGUCUCCCAAAAAUAUUCCGGUGGCCAAAAACAUUUCUCACAAAGAAAACCUCAAGAAAAGGAAAAAGGGCUUAAAACCAGGAAGAAAGAAAAAAAACACAGCAAUGCAACCUCCCUCCUUUCCUCCUCCUCCUCCUCCUCUUAUUUCUGCAAAAGUGGACAACAGCACCUCUCCAAUGUACAGAGAGGCCCCUGGUAUCACUGGUGCAAUGGCAGCUGUUAUUUCAACAGUUUGUGUCUAUGUUAACAAACAUGGAAAUUCUGGGCCUCAUCUUGAUAAAAAGAAAGUUCAGCAACUUCCUGAUCACUUUGGACCAGGUCCUGUGAAUGUAGUACUUCAGCAGGCUGUCCAAGCUUGUGUAGAUUGUGCCUAUCAAUCAAAAAUUGUCUUUGGAUUCCUCAAGGCAGGGCAUCAUGCAGGAGAGAUUAUCACUGCCUCUUUUGAUGGGGAGAAACAUGCCAUCAAUCUUCCUUCUGUGAAUAGUGCAUCUUUUGUUCUGCGCUUCUUGGAGAAACUCUGCCACAGCCUACAGUGUGAUAAUCUUUUCAGUAGCCAGCCCUUUAGUCCUUACAUGGGAAAUGCACAUAGUCCCAUCGAACAGGAUAAAAACAAGUCAGCAAAAGAAGAAAUAUCAGACAGCAGAAGUACAAAGCGAUAUUCUCAGGAUUCACCCCCCUAUGCUGUCCCCCUAUCUCCUAAGCUUCUAAGAACUGAAGCUCAUCCAUCUGAAGCAGAAACCCUGCCAAAUGAAGAAAAUGGUACAUCCAAGGAGCAGAGGUUUGCUGAGAAUUCAAUGGAUUCUGCACUUAAUUCAGUCGCCCUAUCAAGUCCAAGCCAUCAGAGUUCCACUGAAUAUCGUACCUCAGGGAACACAGCCUAUUUCAGACAUUCUCUUCCUUCAGUAUCUGCUACCUCAAAUGCAGCACCAAAUCUACAGAAAUUAUCAACUGCUACUGGAAACAGAAGUUACUGUGAAGUUGGCAGGAACAGAUUGCAUCAGAGGAUCGAAGCUGCAAGCUCUACAACAGGACCUGACCUCAGUGCACUAAAACAGGAACCUUCCCGUCUCUUCAGCAAAGACCCUUCGACAUGGUCAAUUGAUGAAGUAAUGCGAUUUGUAAAAGAAGCAGAUCCUCAGGCAUUAGCACCCCAUGCAGAACUCUUCAGGAGACAUGAAAUUGAUGGGAAGGCUCUUCUGUUACUGAGGAGUGAUAUGAUAAUGAAGUAUAUGGGUCUGAAAUUGGGCCCAGCAUUAAAACUGUGUUAUCAUAUAGAAAGACUUAAACAAGGAAAGUUCUAGGCAGUAAAUGCACAGUGAUGAUGUAUUUUAAGUAGACAACCCCUCAGGUUCCAAAGGCAGCAUGAUAGGGCAGAAAUGUUGCCUGAUUGAAUGGAUCAAAAAUAGUUUCAUUCAGCUCACAAAGGCAUUUCCAGCAUAUUGUUUCUACUACUCUAAUCAGAAAGAAAUGUCCUAAAUCAGCAUUGUUUUACAGAUACUUCUUAAACAUGAAAUUUAAUGUCAAAAGUUUCACGUUCUUAUAUUUAAAAACUUUUUAAAAUGUGCAGAGAAGUAGUAUUUAUAUGAGCAGCUGCAAAAUACAUUCUCACCUGUUCAGCUUCAACCGAUGCAUUUUCAUCCAGAACCAAAACAGCUGAAUUCCAAAGGAUCUUUUUUCUUUUAAACAAAAAACAAAAAAAGGGAAGUUUUUGUAAAAGUGGCUGAAUUUAUAUGCUGGGGUGAGGGAAGUAUUAUUUUUAAUCGAUUAACUCUUUAGUUAACAUAAUCACAUAUAUAUAUAUUAUGUGAAGCAGAUUUCCAUAAAAAGAAUAGCCAUAUGAAUUGUAUUGUAAGUAUAUGUUGUGUGCAGAAAAACAAAUAAGUUUUUUUUUUA